CGGCGAGAGGAAUGCAGCGGCCGGAGGCCUGGCCACGUCCGCACCCGGGGGAGGGGGCCGCAGCUGCCCAGGCCGGGGGCCCGGCGCCGCCCGUCGGAGCCGGGGAGCCCUCGGGGCUGCGGUUGCAGGAACCUUCCCUCUACACCAUCAAGGCUGUUUUCAUCCUAGAUAAUGAUGGGCGCCGGCUGCUGGCCAAGUAUUAUGAUGAUACAUUCCCAUCCAUGAAGGAACAGAUGGUUUUUGAAAAAAAUGUCUUCAACAAGACCAGUCGGACUGAGAGUGAGAUCGCAUUUUUCGGGGGCAUGACCAUCGUCUACAAGAGCAGCAUUGACCUCUUCCUGUAUGUGGUGGGCUCAUCCCAUGAGAACGAGCUGAUGCUCAUGUCUGUUCUCACCUGCCUGUUUGAGUCUCUGAGCCACAUGUUAAGGAAGAAUGUGGAGAAGCGCUGGUUGCUGGAGAACAUGGAUGGAGCCUUCUUGGUGCUGGAUGAGAUUGUGGAUGGCGGUGUUAUUCUGGAGAGUGACCCUCAGCAAGUGAUCCAGAAAGUGAAUUUUAGGGCAGAUGACAGCAGCCUAACCGAACAGAGUGUGACCCAGGUUCUCCAGUCGGCCAAGGAACAAAUUAAAUGGUCAUUACUGAAAUGAAGGCUGUGGAUCCUUGGGGCAGGGAGCCAUUUCCCCAAUCCUAGCAAAAACCCAAGGCCAGGAGAAACCCCUCUGUCUUCGGUCUUGGACGAGGGAUUCAGAGAAGCAAAGGAUUGACCGGUGUUCGGUGUUCGGCUACCACUUCCCAGUGGCCCUGGCCUGGCCCUGGGCCAUGGGAACCAGCUGAGUUGUUUUGCUCAGAACUUCUCUCAGACCUUUGGCGUCCCUGGCCCCAGGGCCCUAAUAAAUCUGCUUUGUCUCCUG